AUGCAAGCUUCAAAAAUGCCUCCUCUAUCAUCAAUUAUUUUUGCGGUCCAGGGUGGUUUCAAUUUUCUGAAUGGAGCCGCCCCUCUUUUAUCUUCUACAGCCGCAAGGAAAAAUGCUGAAAUUUUGCUUACGGACUCGAAACACGCUAUUCAUGUUUUAGCUUUAUCAUGUCUGUCAAUAGGCGCGCUCUACCUCGUCGCCGCUAAGAGAGGAGACAAGCUUGCCAUGUGGUUGUCAGUUGUUGGACGGACGAUUGCUGUUGGAAUUUUUUGGGUUGACGCUGGACCGUGGAGAAAAGUCGCAGUUUUUGAGGGGUUAUGUGCAGGUGUGCUUGCUGGAAGCUUGAUUUGGGAGUCUCGAAAGAGGAAGGACGAGAAAAGUGAUUGAAAUCAAGGGAUUUUGGAGGCGAAAAAUAUUUUCAACGCUGAGGGAAACAAACACAGUAUCUUUCUAACCACAAAAAUUCAAUGGCGGAAUU